AUGGACAUUGAAAUGCUUGACGUCCCUGAACAAGGGCAUACCUCCGAACAAGAGAAAGAUGUCGACAUGAUGGAGGUUCCUGAAGAAGGACACCCUCUUGAUGAGUUAGAGCCCCGAAUUAUAGAGUCUAAACCGAAUGCGACUCCAAUGGAAGAGAAGAAAACUUUCCUCGUCAACCCUGAAGACCCCAUUCAGAAAAGACGAGUUCUCAACUCAGAGCUAUAUGAGACGUCAAAGAAGAAAUCGAUAAACUCAGCCGCAGCGGCUUUAUCAGGGAAUCUAUCUACCCGAAGUGGAUAUCCAACCCGGAUAGAUCAAUUGGUGGACUCCACUGCUGGGUAUGAGCUCUUGAGCUUCAUGGAUGCGUACUCAGGGUAUGACCAAAUACUCAUGUUCCGACCUGAUGAGGAAUCCACAUCGUUCAUCACAGACAGAGGAUUGUACUACUAUAAGGUGAUGUCCUUCGGAUUGAAAAAUGCUGGAGUCACAUAUCAGAAGUUGGUCAACAUGAUGUUUGCCAAACUCAUUGGCAAAACUAUGGAAAUCUACGUGGACGACAUGCUGGUUAAGAGCCUCCAGGCGAAAGAACACAUAUAUUGUGAACCAAAAAGGAAUCGAGGCGAAUUCGGAAAAGAUAAUGGCCCUACUAGAAAUGAGGUCACCUUAGAAGCCAAAGGAAGUACAAAGCCUAAAUGGUCAAAUAGCCACACUCAGUCGCUUCAUUUUCGGGGCACUAAUAAGAGCCUACCCUUCUUCAAAGUCUUGAAGCAAGGAAAGAAAUUUCAAUGGACAAGCGAAUGUGAAGAAGCCUUCCAGGCACUGAAGAAGCACCUGGGAGAGACACCCCUAUUAUCCAAGCCUCAACCACGAGAGCCACUACUGUUGUACUUAGCAAUCUCAGACGAGGCUAUCAGUGCAGUCCUUGUCAGAGAGGAAAACACGCAUCAACUACCGGUGUAUUAUAUUAGCAAGGCACUGCUCCCAGCAGAGGCACGCUACCCAGAUAUGGAGAAACUUGCACUCUCCCUAGUUACAGCAUCGAGGAAACUGAGGCCAUACUUCCAGAGUGCCAUCAAGGGCCAAGCCCUUGUAGAUUUCAUGGCAGAGUUUGUCAAAGUCCCAGAAAUGGAAGCGACAAUGGAAACAACUGAGCCCCCAACAUGGAGCCUAUUUGUGGAUGGAUCAUCAGGAGAGAAUGGUUCCAGAGCAGGAGUUGUUUUGGAAAGUCCAGAAGGCCAUAAGCAAAACUGCAUAGUCAGGUUCGGCUUCAAAGCCUCGAACAAUGCUGCAGAAUAUGAGGCCUUCCUAGUGGGCCUUAGACUAGCGAAAGAAAUACAAGUGAAAAGGCACCUAGCAAGCAACGAUUCACAACUUGUGGUAAGUCAGGUCAACAAAAGGUUUGCAGCCAAAGACACUAGCAUGACUGCAUAUCUGAAAUUGGUUAUGAAUCUCAUCCUUCACUACGAGAGAUUCAAAUUGGUUCAAGUCCCAUGCCUAGAAAAUACACACGCUAACGCCCUAUCCAAGUUGGCCAGCAGCAGGGAUUCGAAGUUGCUAAAAAUUGUCCCAAUUGAGCGCUUGCUGAAGCCUUCCAUCUCUGGAGGCAAAGAGGUACUAUGGAUUGAAGGCAUCCCACUUUGGAUGCAACCCAUCGUAGCCUACCUCAAAGAUCAAUCGCUGCCAGCCUCAAAAAACGAGAGAAAAAAAUUGAGAAGGAGAGCUGCUCACUUUGUUCUCCAGGACGAUGUGCUCUACAAAAGGGGCUACACCUCGCCACUUCUCUGA